CCUGCCUCGACGCCUCAUCUGUUCGCUCGGCUCGAACUCGAGCAGGGCCAGCGCUAGGGUUCCAGCGCCGCCGCCGGCCCCGCCUCGCCGCCGCCGGGACCCACUCCCGCCGCAGCCCAGCUUCCUCCACGGCCCGUCUGCCCCUCUGCCCUCUGCCGCAGCCGGGACAACGGGAAGCUGCCGCCGCGCCCCUCUGCACCGGCUGCCCACGGCGCCUCCGUCCCGAAGCUGCAGACCAUCCAGUCCUCCACUCCUCCACGGUUAAGAUGACUUGUGCAUAGAUCGAGCUUCAGUCUGAUGGAUUCUGACGACAAGAAGUUUGGCAAAGGACCUAGGGAGCUCACUGGUGCUGUUGAUUUAAUAAGUCAGUACAAAUUGGAGCCGCACCAUGAUUUCUUUUGCAAGAGGCCUUUGCCACUUGCAAUCUCAGAUACACAUUACCUUCACAAUGUAGUGGGGGACACUGAAAUUCGGAAAGGAGAAGGAAUGGAGCUAGAUCAACUCGUUCAGAAUGCAUACUUAAGGGAUAAGCCUCCUUCUAUUAAGCCCUUUGAUAUGGAAACACUGGGGCAAGCAUUUCAGCUUCGAGAAACUGCUCCAGUAGAUUUACCCUCUGCUGAAAAAGGUAUACCUACCAUUUCGGGCAAACCGAAAAGUGAGUCCAAGGACAAAGAGAAAAAACAUAAAAAGCACAAAGACAAAGAUAAGGACAGGGAGCAUAAGAAGCACAAACAUCGACAUAAGGAUCGGUCUAAAGACAAAGACAAGGACAAGGAUAGGAAAAAGGAUAAGCAUCAUGAGAAGAAGAGGAAGCAUGAGGGGACGGAGGAUUCGGCAGACGUGCAUAAGCACAAAAAAAGCAAGCAUAAGAGUUCCAAAACCGAUGAGAUGGGUAAUGGACUUAGUUAGCUACAGGUUUUCUUCUUACUUCUGUUGUCAAUCAAUGUCAUAUUCUGUUAGAAGGAGGCUCAAAAGAUUUCCGUCACCAGACCCGCUGCAGAUCAAUUGGUACAUGCUUCUUGAACUUUUAUUUGCUGUUGGGUAGAUGCAUAAAUUGAUUAUUUUGUAUUGCUUUUCUUAAUUCUUUGUCUUUCGGUGAAACAUGAAUUCAAAUGUUUCAGAUUUAAGCUGCAUAGUGAGCUUGUGUUUUUAAGUCAACCUAGAUUUUAUUUUAUUAUUUGGAGCCUAAAUGAUGAAUAUUUUAACCUUUGGUGAAUUAUUUAUUACUCAUUCAAGAGAAUAAGAUCUGCCUUUUGCCUGACUUUGUAAAUAUUAGUCUCAUUUGAUUUUAUCUGCAUCUUUUUUUUUGUGAACAAUUUUAUCUGCAUCUGUACAAUAUGUGAUGUUAGGGACGGUUGCCCUGACAUUACUUUAUGUCCACUCUCAGUUUUAGACCUGGGCCAAUUUCAUUUCUUCAGUCUCACUUGACUUGAGAAGUACAGUUAGAUUAUUUCCUUUGAUUGGCAUCUCUAGUGGUAUUAAUAUAUCAGUUAUGAUGGGCCUGCUGACUUUCUAUACUAUGUGGCAUGAUCUGGUUAGGCCUGACUUGCAUCAUAAAUUCAUAAUGUAGUCACUAGUCCUAUACGGUUUGCAGUUUACCAACACUUUGACCAUACCAUAUGGUGAUUAAUUGGAACACAAUGAACUAUUAAAAAAGAUCACUCGCAGUUUACCUAGUGAUGUUUCUUUCGAAAUCGUCGUAUGCCAUUUGCAACUCUUUAACGUCUGCACCUUGUAUAAUCUUCACAAUUAUUGUCCAGUUCAAAUAAGAUAUGGAAAACACUGCCAGAUGAACACCAAUGGGGAGAAACAUUGGCAAACAGUAGGCUUUUGUUUGCAUCUGUGAUAAUCCAUGACUCUUAACUCUUACUUUUAUGUGGGUGAUGCAGAUAUCAUGAAUGGCAGUUUAUUUGAAGGUGCUUCAGAUGAACGUCUUGCCUGCUGCUAAUUAUGUUGUUCUUGCAGUGUGGACCAUGUG